AUGUUAUGGAAACUAUUUGUAGAUAAGGAUGAUUGUGAGAAAUGUGUUGCGGUAUUGCAUGAACUUGAAAACAUUGAUGAUGAAGCUGAUGGUCACGAUAUUGGUUUUGUAAAAAUUUCUGAUGAAGAUCUUGCAGAAGAGUAUGGCUUAGAUGAUUUACCUUCUCUUGUUUAUUACAGGAAGAAAAUCCCAAUACUUUAUCAAGGAGAUCUUAUGAAUGAAGAAGAGGUUUUGCAGUGGUUAUUUGAAUUUCAAGAUAUAGGGGAUGAUGAUGAUUUAAUUGAAGAUGUAACAGCAAAUGCCUUAGAAGCUUUGGUUCAGAAAUCGUCACAUUUAGCAGUUUUAUUUUAUGAUGGUGAUAGUAAAAGAAGUAUGAAAGUUUUGGAUCAAUUAGAAAAUAUUGAUGAUGAAGCAAAAAAAGAUGGUAUCACUUUUGUCAAAACUGAUAGUGAAAGGGCUUGUGAAGAUUAUGGUAUAGAAGAAAGACCUGCUUUAGUUUAUUUUGAGAAGACACUGCCAAAUUUUUAUCAAGGAGAUUUAACAAAAGAGAAUGAAUUAUUAGAAUGGCUUAUUAAACAAAAAGAAACAGAUGAAAUAGAAGAUGUUACUGAAAAAGCACUGGAACAAUUAAUAAAAUCUUCAGACAAUAUUGCUGUGUUAUUUUAUGAAACUGGUGAUACUCUUUGUGAAGAAGUGCUGCAGGAAUUAGAAAAUAUUGAUGAUGAUACAGAUCAACAUGGAAUAACAUUUGUAAAAAUAGAUGACAAUGAUAUGGCAGAAGAAUAUGAUGUACAUGAAUUUCCAACUUUGAUAUAUUUUGAAAAUCAAGUUCCAACUCUAUAUGAAGGAGACUUAAUGAUGAUAGAUGAACUGUUGCAAUGGCUAGUUGACCAAAGCUCUUCUGAAGAAAUAGAGAAAAUAAAUGAAAGAGUUUUAGAACAAAUGAUUGAAAAAACUGACUUCUUGGCUGUUUUGUUUUUUGACGAACAUGAUGAUGAUUGCCGGAAUGCUUUGAAAGAACUUGAAAAUAUUGAUGAUGAUGCUGAUGAAAAUAAAAUUCCAUUUGUAAAAAUUGACGAUAGAAAAGUGGCUGACGAAUACGGGAUUGAAGAUUUACCAAUGCUUGUUUAUUUUGAAAACAAAAUACCCUAUUUUUAUGAAGGUGACUUAACAGAUGAAGAUGAAGUUCUGGAAUGGCUGAUUCAUCAGAAAAAUGCAGAUGAAAUAGAAGAUAUUACAGAUAAAGUUUUAGAUCAGAUGAUUGAAAAAACUGAAUAUUUAGCUGUAUUUUUCUAUGAUAAAGAUAAUCCAACAUCACAGGAAAUUUUAAAGGAAUUAGAAAAUAUUGAUGAUGAAGCUGAUGAUAAAGGCUUAUUAUUUGUCAGGAUUGAUGAUGAAGAAGUUGCCAGAGAAUACGGUAUUGAUGAUGAACUUCCAAUUCUUGUAUAUUUUGAAAACCAAAUUCCUUUUAUUUAUCAAGGAGAUUUAAAAAAUGAAGAUGAGGUUUUGAAGUGGCUUGUUAAACAAAUGACUUCAGAUGAAAUUGAAGAUGUCACAGACAAAAUGACUGAUACUCUUAUUGAUACACAUGAGCAUGUUGCAGUUCUUUUCUAUGAUAAAGAUAAUCCAACAUCACAGGAAAUUUUAAAGGAAUUAGAAAAUAUUGAUGAUGAAGCUGAUGAUAAAGGCUUAUUAUUUGUCAGGAUUGAUGAUGAAGAAGUUGCCAGAGAAUACGGUAUUGAUGAUGAACUUCCAAUUCUUGUAUAUUUUGAAAACCAAAUUCCUUUUAUUUAUCAAGGAGAUUUAAAAAAUGAAGAUGAGGUUUUGAAGUGGCUUGUUAAACAAAUGACUUCAGAUGAAAUUGAAGAUGUCACAGACAAAAUGACUGAUACUCUUAUUGAUACACAUGAGCAUGUUGCAGUUCUUUUCUAUGAUAAAUCCAAAAAAAGUGAAAAAGUUUUGAGAGAAUUGGAAAAUAUUGAUGAUGAAGCAGAUCAAAACAAUAUUAUAUUUGUGAAAACUGAUGACAAGGAAGCCUCAGAGAAAUAUGGAAUCACAAAAUUUCCAACUUUGAUACUUUUUGAUGAUGAAAUUCCAAAUGUUUAUGAAGGUGAUUUAAUGAAAGAAGAAGAAGUUUUAGAUUGGUUAAUUAGUCAAAAAUCAGAUGAAGAAAUAGAAGAUGUGACUGAAAAUAUGUUAGAUCAAUUAAUUGAAAAUACACCAACGUUAGCAGUCUUAUUUUAUGACAAAAAGAAUCCUGAAAGUGAAGAAAUAUUAAAGGAAUUAGAAAACAUUGAUGAUGAUUUAGAUGGUCAUGGUAUUCCAUUUGUAAAAAUUGAUGAUGAUAGUAUGGCAAAGGAAUUUGGUGUUAAAGAUGAAUUGCCUAUUCUUUUGUACUUUGAAAAUCAACUUCCAAGUGUAUAUGAAGGAGAUCUUAAAAAUGAGGAAGAAGUUAUGACUUGGUUAAUAUUACAAAAAGAAGAAGAUACUAUAGAAGAAGUUACAGAAGAAAUGUUAGAAGAACUUAUUGAAGAAAAACAAUAUGUACUUGUAUUUUUUGCUCCAAAUGACUGUAAAAACUGUGAAUCAAUUCUUCAAGAACUUGAGAAUAUAGAUGAUGAUACUGAUAAACAUGGAAUUUUAUUUGUGACAACUGAUGAUACAAACUUUGCUAAGAAGAAAGCUUCUGUUACAAAAUUUCCAGCUCUUGUAUUUUUUAGACAGUCACAUCCAAUUUUGUAUAAAGAUGAUUUGAUGGAUGAAGAGAAAAUUUUGAAAUGGGUUACGAGUGAAGAUGUCUUAGAUAAUCCUGAUCAGAUAGAUCUUGUCAAUAAACAAAUGCUUGAAAAUAUGAUUGAUUCAUCUGAUUAUUUAGCAAUUCUUUUCUAUAAAGAUCAGUGUGAAGAAUGUGAAAUUGUUCUGAAGGAAUUAGAAAAUAUUGAUGAUGAUGCAGAAGCCAAUGACAUAGAUUUUGUUAAAGUCACAGAUUUGUCUGUAGCUAAAGAAUUUAGCAUUUUAACAUUUCCAACUUUGGUCUUUUUUCGAAAAAGGUUUCCUCAGUUUUAUGAUGGAGACUUGAAGAAUGAAGAGCAAGUACUGAAAUGGCUUCUGGAUAAUAAACAUCAGAAAGAUGAUGUUAUUGAAUAUGUUGAUAAAAAGAUGCUAGAUGUUUUAAUUGAUGAUGUUGAAAAUCUGGUAGUUUAUUUCUAUGAAAGGAAUUGCCAUGAAUGUGAAAUUUUCUUACAAGAAUUGGAGAAAAUUGAUGAUGAUACUGAUCGUCAUGGAAUUCAUUUUGUAAAAACAGAUGACAUAAAACUGGCAAAAGAUUUUGGUGUUACCAGUCUUCCAACUCUUGUUUAUUUUGAAGAUAAAAUUCCAAGCAUAUAUCAUGGUAAAUUUUGUAUUUAUAUUAUAAAAAAUUUAGAUAUUUGUUAUUUGGAAAUAGAUGACUACAUUGCUAAGGCACGGGACCAAGGCUAUGCUACUAUGCUUCAACUUGGUUCUAGGGGUUUAAGUUAUGCCACUGCCGUAGUAAUGCAGACAGCUCUAAAGAUGAAAAAUGAAAAUGCAAUUUUACAUUGGUUAACAAGUCCUGAGAGUCUAGAUUUGAAUGAUGUCAUUGAAAAGGCAAAUAAAAAAAUGUUUGAACGAAUACUUUCUAAAGCAACUUAUCUUGCAACUUUAUUCUAUAGCACAAAAAGCUGCAAGCAGUGCAAUAAAGUAUUAGAAAGAUUAGAAAAAAUUGAUGAUGAAGCUGAUGCUGCUGGAAUUAAAUUUCUUAAGAUAGAUGAUGCACAUCUUGCAAAAAAAUUUGGAGUAAAUAAUUUGCCUGGAUUAUUAUUAUUUAAAAAAGGAGAAAAACAACCUAGUGUGUUCACAGGAGAUUUGAAAGAGGAAGAGAAAGUGUUAGACUGGCUAGUUUCACAAAAAGAUCCCCGCAGUGAAAGAAUUGAAGAAUUUGAAGGAGAUGCUUUGAAAGCAUUAAUAGAAAAUUCAGAAUCUGUUGCAAUAUAUUUCUAUGAUAAAGCGAAAUGCUCACCCUGCGAAGGAAGUGUGG